CCAUAGUGGGCAUUGUGUUGGCGAACCACUGUACUCCCAAUACUUGAGUGAUUGGAGAAUUUAUCGUAUCUUCAAGAAGAACGUAGCGUUCCUCUUCAAGUAUCGUUGAGCAGAGCCGCUGCAAGAAGUGAUUUACGAGAGUGACCAAAUUUAGCAGAGAUCUUAAACAAUGGCAACCUGGCACGGGCUUCAAAAGGAUGUUUUUCCAGACCAAAAAAUGGUUGCAAUGGUGCAUGUCAACAAAACUAUGAAGAAAAAGAAGAGCAGUUUCCUGUGCCUGACAGCGACCCAAAGGUCACCAUCCCGAGUCCUAAUUCAUCAGGUGAAGCAAACUGACAGAAACACCUUCAAGAAAAAGGAGGACUGGGAGCUGUCUGAACUAAAGCUAGUUGAUGCGAAAAGUGCCACUGCAGUGGAGCAGCAUGAUUUUAUCUUGCAAUUUGACAAGAUGUACCACUGGAGCGCAACCAACCUAAAGGAACGCCAAAGUUUUCUUACUUCUCUGUGGAAGAUGAGCAACAAAUAUCUUCCGAAGCAAAAGCCAGCUUUCCUCAAUUUCCCUGAGGAAUGGCAAACAGAUGUGGCCCCUGCACAGGAGUCAGCUGAGGUGACUGUUAGCACCACAAUUGUGGAUGACACUCCGGAAUACAUGCCUCUGACUGAGAGGGAAAUCGCUGACUUAGAAAGGCUGAUGAGCCAGUGUGAUUUUGCCUACAGCAACUCUGAAGCGUUCAUGGAAACUCUGGCCAGAGACCUGUCCAUUUUAGAUGGGAAAAACAUUCACAGCGUGUUAGCAGCAGAACAGCAAGUUGAAGCACUGAUGUCUCAUUUGGAAAACGCUAUCAGCGAGGCAGACAAAAUCGAGUCGCAACUUAAUGUUUACUGUGAUUCGAUUCAGCAUAUUCAAAAAUCCAUCGUGAACAUGGGCAAGAAGAACACAACAAAUCAGGUCAUUGGCAAAAACAACCAGGUCUUGCUGGAGGAGCUGGAAAAUAUAAUCUCCCAGCUUGACGUUCCGUACAAGUUACAAAAGGCCUUGAUUGAAGCGGAUCUAAACUCGCCUAAUGGAUUGAAAGAGGCGAUUGAAGCAGGGAACGCAUUAGUCCGCGCCAUGAAUGCAGACUUGCAUCCUGCUCUGGUAAAUUUAGCUGCAGUCCAGGAGCAGAGGAAGCGGUUUGACAAGUGGCGCAUCAAGUUUUCGCAGAGCAUUUGCCGCUAUCUCAACAAUCUCUUCAUACAUGAGGGCAACAAGGAAUUCCUGUCGAUGGAGGGCUAUCACCACGAGUCGCGGCUUACCCUUCCAACCUUGGACACGGUCCACAAUAAUCUGAAGCCGUACGCUCCACUGAUGCACUGGCUGCGUCAGAUGGACCGCAAAGCCUUCACUGACCUCUCCAAAGUCUACAUCAGCUCACUGCAGAAGCGAUAUGAGGCCGUGAUUCGGCAAUUCUUUGAAGAGGCGAGAAACCGGCUGAACGCGGGAUCUCUGAGGCGGGGAAAGGGCAGCAGUCAGGACAUCAGCAGCUCUGGCUUGACGCCAAGAGAAGGACAGAACUCACCUGUGACUCAGCGGCUGUUGGCCCAGGAGCGAGAGCAGUGGAAAGCUGCGGACGAAACAACCGACAGGGAAAAAUUUGAUGAGCUGCUGGAAAGAGCGCUUACUCAGCUGGAACCAAUGUUUCUGGCCGAGCAAAAAUUCUGCACGGCGUUCUUCCAGCUUGAUAUGGUUUCUCCAACUCGAUCAAACACUCAGUCAACUCUGAGCAGUUUUUCAAUGCAGAGUCCUGGGAGUGCAGUCAUUACCACUCCUAGCAAGGAGGAAGCUGAGAGGAAAAUGGAGAAAUACAUCAAUGAAGAAGUUCGCAGAAUGAUGGGUGAACUCUUUGGGAGUUUGGAGCCGGAGCUCAUGGGAUUCAUUACUUAUUAUGAGAAUUUUGACAGUUUUUGCUGCAUGAACGUUCUGGUUCGACUCGGCCAGCAUGUGAUGCUCGCCCAAGACACAGGCAAUUUUCUCAGUGUCACAUUUGCCACCCUUCUUGUGCAAGUGAAGAGAAAUUUUGACAAGUUUAUGACUGCACAAAUAAAGUCUAUUGAGGAAACUAAGCCAAACAGAACCAUCAAAUGCGGCAUAUUGCCAUUUGUCGACAAUUUUGAGGAUUUUGCGAAAAUCGCAGAGAAAAUAUUCCAAAAUGCAGAGAGGAGAAAUGACUUGGAAAAGUCGUACAGAAGCCUGAUGAGCGCGAUUUUUGAAGCGAUUCCCCGCAUUGGAGGUGAUCACCAGAAAACGCCCCACCAAGUUGUCAUUAUGGAGAACUUCCAUCGGCUCCACGCUCUUUUGUCAAGACUGAAAAUCGUGGCCCUCGAUUCAUAUAAAAAAGAAGCCAAACAGCGCUACCAAGACGCACUCAAGGCUUACGUGACUCAGUAUUUUGGCCGACCCUUGGAAAAGUUGAACAUUUUCUGUGAUGGAAUUCAGGCCAAGCUCUCUCAAGGCGUGAAAGAGAGUGAAGUGAGCUACCAAAUGGCGUACAGCAAGCAGGAGCUGCGCAAAGUGAUCAAGGAGUACCCUGCCAGAGAGGUGAAGAAGGGCCUGGACUCGUUGUAUAGGAAAGUGGAAAAGCAUCUGUGCGAGGAGGAAAACCUACUGCAGGUCGUGUGGCGAGCGAUGCAGGAAGUAUUUAUUCAGCAAUACAGGAACGUCGAGGACUUGAUCCAAAGGUGCUAUCCAAACGCGAUGAUCACACUUGAGUUUACCAUACAAGAUAUUCUCGUGUUUUUCUCAGAAAUAGCCCAAUCCCAUUGAACGUCAAUUAUUUCUAAAUUGUUGGUAAAAAUAUACAUUAUUAUAUCAAUUAAAAUUAAUCAAAGGUACUGGUUGUUAAACUGUGUUAUAUAGCUUAAAGGUUUAUGAAAUAAAGCAUUAAAAUAUCAUUCCA